ACAGAUAUUGAUCAUUGGGGUUCAAUUUCCACCUUAAGGUUGAGGUCAUAUGUGUGUGACAGACAGAUCAAUUUGUGUGUGUGUGUGUGUGCUCUGACUCAGCUUUGAAUGGGUGCUGGAGUCACAUGGCUACUUGUCAGCAGGCUGGAGGAGGAAACAUAAUCCCGAGGAGGAAGGCUGCGGCUGCUAUCAGUCCCCGCAUGUUGGUCCGAGAGAGCUCUCAGCUCGUCGAGAGGCUUGACCGCAAGUGAUCGGCUCGACAACUCUAACUCUCGUUUCUUUUGUCUCCCUAUCUCUUCCCUUCUCCCUCUGUUUGUUUUCGCCCUGCACUCUGACCAGCCCCGCUUCACGGCAGAAUUGCACUCCAAUGUCUGCGGUGGCCUCUCUGCUGUGAGCACAAAAAGGUUAUGCUGCCCAAAAGCUGUCUGAGUCCCAGUGAGAAAGAGAAGGGCUAAAGCCGCACCGAUCCAAACCAGCUUUCCAGAGCCUCUCCAGCAGCGACUCCACUGUGGAGCCAUGAGCAAUCCCAGCUCUCCCAACCAGAUUACAGAUGCCGUGGCAUCGGUUAUUCACAGUCCAGAGGCUCCUGCUGCCUCAGCACUACACGGGACUCCGCACCCUGAAGAAGAGGAUGAAGGGGACUUGAACAAAGCCCUGGGGGUCCAGCGCUUCCAGCAGAUCCUCAGCCCCGCUGCAGUCGUACCUGAUGAACAGCACCAUAACUACCAUGAGGAGGACAUUGAAUACAACCGUCACUCCUCUCACCACAUCCACCGACCUCUGUCCAAACUGCCCUCAGAGGGACGCAGGAAGAAGAGCAACAAGAAAAGGAGGAAGGACAAAGAUCACAAGAGCAGCCAAGUUCCCAGCAGCGGCCCCAUCGAGGAGGGAGAGGAUGAAGAGGAAGAGGAGGAUGAGGGGACGGAGACGUCCGUUCCAUCUGAGUCGGAGAGAGUGAAAGACGUGGAGUUCUUUGUUUCAGAUGAAGACUAUGUGGACAAACGGGGCAAAGAGCACCAGGCCCGUGAGCUUGACAUCGUGCCGCAGUCUGCGGUGGGAGUAAAUACCGAAGAAGAGAGUUCCUCAGAUAAGCCGGCCUCAUCCGACGCUGCCAGCACCUCUCCCCAGUCGGGGCCACCCGAACACGUACCACUGGCCCGGGUCUCCUCCGCCAGCCGCGGCUACGACCUGCAAGACCGCAGACGCACCGGCAACAUGACGGGUGCCGAGCAGGCCAAGUACCAACGCGUCCCCACUGACGAGAGCGAGGCUCAGACGCUGGCCUCCGCUGACCUGGACGGCAUCAAGAGUCAUCGUUUUGAAGAUGUUCCCGGCGUGCGCAGACACCUGGUCAGAAAGAGCACCAAGGGACAAGUGGUGCACACCGGCAAGGACCACAAGGAGCCGACCACUCGCAGCCGCAAGCAGGACCGCACCCCACACGAGGUGUUUGUGGAGCUGAAUGAGCUGAUUAUGGACAAGAACCAGGAGAUGCAGUGGAAGGAGACGGCUCGGUGGAUCAAGUUUGAGGAGGACGUUGAGGAGGAGACCGACCGCUGGGGGAAACCUCACGUGGCCUCGCUGUCUUUCCGCAGUUUGCUGGAGCUCCGAAAGACCAUCUCGCACGGUGCAGUGCUGCUGGACCUGGACCAGAAGACCCUGCCGGGCAUCGCCCACCAGGUGGUGGAACAGAUGAUCAUAUCUGACCAGAUCAAAGCUGAGGACCGAGCCAAUGUCCUGAGGGCCCUGCUGCUGAAACACAGUCACCCGAGCGACGAGAAGGAGCACAGUAGCCCUUUCCCCAGGAACAUCUCAGCGGCCAGCCUGGGCAGCAUGAUGACGCACCACCACAGUGCCAAUCACACCCAUCAGCCUGAGCCGUCGGUGAACGACCCGCUCAUGGGCAGCGUCCACACCGCGGGGGACUCUGAGACACGCGUCGACAUGGAGAAGAACGAGGUACAGAAGGAGACGGUGUCGGUGUCCGGCAUGCAUCGGUCCAAAUCCAAACACGAGCUCAAGCUGCUGGAGAAGAUUCCUGAAAAUGCUGAGGCCACCGUUGUCCUUGUGGGCAGCGUGGACUUCCUGGAGCAGCCCACCAUGGCGUUUGUGCGACUGCAGGAGGCCGUGGAGCUGGAGUCCGUCCUUGAGGUCCCCGUACCGGUCAGGUUUCUCUUCGUUCUGCUGGGACCCCCAACCACCAGCAUGGACUAUCACCAGAUAGGACGCUCCAUCUCCACACUCAUGUCUGACAAGCAAUUCCACGAGGCAGGUUACCUGGCAGACGACAGGCAGGACCUGCUGAACGCCAUCAACAGCUUCCUGGACUGCAGCAUCGUGCUGCCGCCUUCGGAGAUGGGAGGCGACGAGCUGCUGCGCUCGGUCGCACGCUUUCAGAGGGAGAUGCUGCGCAAGCGGGAGGAGCAGGGGGGCAAACUGGCCAAGGAGCCUAAAAGCCAUGAAGAAAAAGAGGCUCUCCUGACACCCUUGAAAAAGUCAGACGACCCCUUAGAGCGCACCCGGCGCCCCUUUGGGGGCCUUGUACGAGACGUGCGGCGCCGUUACCCAAAGUACCUCAGUGACUUCAAGGAUGCGCUCAACAGUCAGUGCAUGGCUGCCGUUAUCUUCAUCUACUUUGCUGCCCUCUCUCCAGCCAUAACAUUCGGAGGCCUACUGGGUGAGAAGACAGACGGCCUGAUUGGUGUUUCUGAGCUGAUCGUGUCGACGUCGGUGCAGGGUGUGAUCUUCUGCUUGCUCGGAGCGCAGCCGCUACUCGUUGUGGGCUUCUCCGGACCCCUGCUGGUCUUUGAAGAAGCUUUCUACAGUUUCUGCAAAGCCAACUCCAUGGAGUACCUGACCGGACGCGUCUGGAUCGGCUUUUGGCUCGUCGUCAUCGUGAUCGUCAUGGUGGCCUUCGAGGGGAGCUUCCUGGUCCGCUUCGUGUCCCGCUUCACCCAGGAGAUCUUCUCCUUCCUCAUCUCCCUCAUCUUCAUCUGCGAGACCUUCAUCAAGCUCGGCAGGAUUUUCAAGGAGCACCCGCUGACGAGUUGCUCCCUCAACGGCACCGAAGGGGACGCCUGGACAGAAAACGUCACACUGGCGCUGAGCAACGGCACCCUGCCGGUGAAGGAGGAGGUCCGAGGACAGCCCAACACCGCGCUGCUCUCUCUGGUUCUCAUGGCCGGAACCUUUUUCAUCGCUUUCUACCUGCGCAAGUUCAAGAACAGUGCGUUCUUCCCUGGGAGGUUGCGCAGGAUGAUUGGAGAUUUUGGCGUCCCGAUUGCCAUCCUCAUCAUGGUGCUGGUGGAUUACAGUAUGAACGACACUUACACACAGAAACUGAGCGUUCCUCACGGUUUCUCUGUGACGAGUCCUUCGAAGCGCGGCUGGAUCAUCAGUCCUCUGGGCACCAACGGAGAAUUCCCCGUUUGGAUGAUGUUUGCCUGCUGUUUGCCGGCUCUGCUGGUUUUCAUCCUGAUCUUCAUGGAGACGCAGAUCACCACCCUGAUAGUCAGUAAGAAGGAGCGGAUGCUGAUGAAGGGCUCCGGUUUCCAUCUGGACCUGCUGCUGAUCGUGGUGCUGGGCGGCUGCUCGGCUCUGUUCGGCCUGCCGUGGAUGGCCGCCGCCACCGUUCGCUCGGUGACCCACGUCAACGCACUCACUGUCAUGAGCAAGGCUGUCGCCCCCGGAGACAAGCCUCGCAUCCAGGAGGUGAAGGAGCAGAGGGUCACCGGGCUCCUGGUGGCCAUCAUGGUUGGUAUGUCCAUUGUGAUCGGAGACCUGCUGCGUCAGAUCCCCCUGGCGGUGCUCUUUGGUAUCUUCCUCUACAUGGGUGUGAUGUCCCUGAACGGUAUCCAGCUAACGGAGCGGAUGAUGCUGCUGCUCAUGCCACCAAAGUAUCACCCUGACCACACCUACGUACGCAAGGUCCGCACGCUGCGCAUGCACCUGUUCACCUGCAUCCAGGUGGUGUGCUUGGCGGCUCUGUGGGCCGUUAUGUCGACACAGGCCUCGCUGGCGUUCCCCUUCGUCCUCAUCCUCACCAUCCCCGUCAAGAUGUUCCUGCUGAGCCGCAUCUUCACGCCCAGAGAGAUUGCAUGUCUGGAUGCAGACGACGCGGAGCCGAAGUUUGACGAGCGCGAGUGUCACGAUGAGUACUCGGAGAUGCACAUGCCCGUGUAACCCGCAAACGACCCGCUCACAUCACCACACAACUCCUCGAAGUGAACACCAAAAAUUCAUUUUGACCAACCAAUGAGAUCCUUCAAACUUGAAACACCCACAGUUUGAUGCCUCAUCACUGUGCGCCCUCUUUGUUACCACGGGAACGUGAACACUAUGACCGGCGGUCUGCUCGGCUCCAACUAUUCAAGUAGCUUUUUGUCAGAUUCAAUCAGUCGGCAGCGUGCGUUCACUCAUAAUGUGCUUUUUAAAAGAUAUAUAUUUCAGGGGACAAGAGUUUCCAAAUCAAAUUAUGUGAGAUCGAGCUCGAAAUUUAAAUGCGAUUACAGUAGAUAGAUUUGCAAGACCGAUGAGUUUUUAGCCCUGAAAGGUUGCUCUGAUUCACAUUGAAUAUGUGGAGGAAAUAUGGGAGAUAGGCUUUUAUAUUAACACACUUGUCUAUUAAAGUUUGUUGCUUUUUGUUCAUGUUUUAAGCUCACCAAGCGCCUUAUGAAGGAAUGAAAAAAGGUAUACUUUGGUGUUUUCUAUCCCCCUCGUUCUGUCUUAUUUCAGAUAGCUGAUCACUUUACCCAGCCUCCCUAAGCUCGUGGCAUUUUUUUUAAAUUUUUUUUUUUAAAUGACACCAAAUCUGAACAAUGACUGUAUUUUUAUGUGAUCAUUUUUAUCCUCUUCGCAUCCUCUUUGAUCCCUUGAAUAUCAACGUUUGCUUUAGCUUGUUUCUUAUGCGACUAUCUGUGAUCUAUUUUUAAGCCUGUCCUUCUUUCACAAUGUAGAAUAUUUUACUCAACUGUUGCAGUUCAGGGGACAGUCGGGAUUUCUUGGGAGAUCUAUUGACGUGAAAACAUAUUUCUGAUCAUAACAGAAUAUUCACACAGUAGCUUAAAAAAUAAAUAUAUACAUAUAUAUAUAUAUAUGUAUAUAUUCUAAAUGUCUCCACGCACAUGUUUAGGGCACUAAUGUAUCAAUGUAGAGUUUGUUUCACUUGGUGUGGUUUUGGGAAUCACUGAUUUAUUGGUUUCUUUGUCCAAGUGCCAAAUGUCUCGUGUAAAUAGUUUUGUGAUCAGAACAAUAAGCUGCAGUUCAGCCAUCUCACAUCUCCUACUGUAACAAAGUUUCUCGAAGGAGCCUAAAUUAACAACAUUUCUAAGUACAACAUUCCUUUUUGUGUUAACUUUUUUUUUUAUUAACUUUUCUAUAUAUCUUCUCUUUUUUUUUUUGGGCAUCGACAAAUUCAAACAUUUCAUUCGCACACGUGAACUUGGUCGACCAAAUGUACACACAAGCUAUGUAGACAAUCUCAAUAUUCAUGCAUUACCAAGAGGCAAGGCUUUAAAAACAAUGUAUGUGUGUGUGUGUGUAUAUACAUACAUAUAUGUAUGUUUGUUUUGUUUUAUGUCAUGUUGUAUCAGUGUGACAUGGAUUGCUUAAAGCGUUGACUGUGUCAAAUAACUGAAAUGUUCAGUCCUGUUCCUCUGUUCGCACAAAACCUCAGUGCCUCUGGGACCACGAAGCUAGUGUUUGUGUUUCUGGACGACACGCAUCCGACAAUAGUUUGCACUUUUGAAGACGCUCAAAAAUCAAACGGCUCUCCAUUAUUUAUCCUUUGCAAUAUGAGGCAUUAUUGCUGCUUACGUCGAUUUUUUUUUUAAAUUAAAAUGUACACGCACACUUGGCUGCGUCGUGUCCGUGGACAACGAAGGGGACGUUGUCGGUGUUUUUAUGUUUGCUUCGUGUGCCUGUGGAUGGAGUGGAGUUGGUCUGUGUACGCCAAAGUAUCUGUCAAAGUAGCAACAUGCUGAUAACAAUAUGAUGUUCCUUUUUUAAAAGCGAUAGACGUUCUGAAAGGCUAUUGCUGAUGUUUCCUUGUACAUUAAAGAUUGAAAUAUUGAUGACACAUAAAAGUUAUUUUAUAUUUA